ACUUCCAGUUUCCGUCCAAGGUCCGCCUCCUGCCUCCCUCUGCUUCAGGGAGGGCAUGGGAUCAGCUACCUGUUUCUGCCUCAACCAUGGACCAAUAAUAUGAGAUCUUUGUUCACCAGUUCUACAGUGAUGGGGUGCUUCCUUUUGGCUUCUGGAAUGGGUGCGUUUGCUUCUGAGGAUCUCCAGUGUCACAACAAACGCAUGCCAGCCCUGUUUUACAGGGAGCCCUGGAGGAGUUGGGAUAGAGGCCACAUUGACUGAGGGUAGUUGCCAGGGUCCUGCAGUUAUACACAAAGUCCUUAGGAUAAGACCAUGGCCCUGAGAGCAUGUGGCUUGAUCAUCUUCCGAAGAUGCCUCAUUCCCAAAGUGGACAACAAUGCAAUUGAGUUUUUACUGCUGCAGGCAUCAGAUGGCAUUCAUCACUGGACUCCUCCCAAAGGCCAUGUGGAACCAGGAGAGGAUGACUUGGAAACAGCCCUGAGGGAGACUCAAGAGGAAGCGGGCAUAGAAGCAGGCCAGCUGACCAUCAUUGAGGGGUUCAAAAGGGAACUCAAUUAUGUGGCCAGGAACAAGCCUAAAACAGUCAUUUACUGGCUGGCGGAGGUGAAGGACUAUGACGUGGAGAUCCGCCUCUCCCAUGAGCACCAAGCCUACCGCUGGCUGGGGCUGGAGGAGGCCUGCCAGUUGGCUCAGUUCAAGGAGAUGAAGGCAGCGCUCCAAGAAGGACACCAGUUUCUUUGCUCCACAGAGGCCUGAGCUGACUGGAGCAGAGUCAUUUGCUUCAGCAGGAUCCUUGUGGGCCUUCUAAGAUGAAGCUACCCUCAGGUCCAGGGAAGGUUGUGCUGGUAUUUGGCUCAUCACAGCCAAGAGCAGAUAGAUUUGUGAAAUCGGCUCAACUCCCAGGUGAGAGCAAGCAAAAAUCUUGGCUGGGUGGAAAGGAAGGCAAAGAGUAAAAAUAAAAAAGGCCAGGCCCAGUAAGUGUACCUUGUACUUUAUAAAUAAACCUCAAGCAGCUCAAGGUUGUCCUUCUAA